CAAAGGCGAGAGGCAGCUGCAGGAGGAGGCUGCUGCUGCUGCAGAAAUCACCACGGAGACCCAGCACCGCUGCUCCAUCCCCUCCUGGCCCGCUGCUAAGCUGAGCGUGCCGGCUGGCUCCAACCAGCCCUUGCCCAUGCAGACUGCCCUGGCGAGCAGCGGGGGGAAAGGGAGCAGCAGGCAACGCGCAGCAUGCACUGGGGUGUUGGUUUUGCCUCCUCCAGGUCCUGUGUGGUUGAGCUGAGCCGGAAUCAGAGCCUCACCCUCGGCUGCUGUGCAGGAUCCGAAGAGCACUUCUCCUUUUAUGGGGACAUCAUCGCUUUCCCUUGGCAGGAUUACGGUGGGAUCAUGGCAGGGCUGGGUUCUGAUUCGUGGUGGAAGAAAACCCUUUAUUUGACUGGGGGAGCCCUGCUCGCUGCCGCGGCGUAUCUGCUACAUGAACUCCUGGCAAUUAGGAAAGAGCAGGAGGUUGAUUCCAAAGAUGCUAUUAUACUGCAUCAAUUUUCAAGACCUAACAAUGGUGUUCCCAGUUUAUCUCCUUUUUGUUUGAAAAUGGAAACAUAUUUAAGGAUGGCUGAUUUACCCUACCAGAACUAUUUUGACGGAAAACUUUCCCCUCAAGGGAAAAUGCCCUGGAUUGAAUACAAUCGCAAAAAAGUAUCUGGCACUGAGUUCAUUAUUGACUUUUUGGAAGAGAAACUCGGAGUGAAUUUAAAUAAAAACCUUGGUCCACAUGAAAGAGCUGUUUCCAGAGCAGUGACAAAAAUGGUGGAGGAGCACUUCUAUUGGACAUUAGCUUAUUGCCAGUGGGUGGACAAUCUUCAUGAGACCCAGAAGAUGCUUUCAUGCCGUGGCCCCUUUAGUGACCUGCUGAAGUGGAUUCUGUGCCACCUAACAAAAGGAAUUGUGAAACGAGAAAUGUACGGCCAUGGCAUCGGCCGCUUCUCGGAGGAAGAGAUAUACAAGCUGAUGGAGAAAGACAUGCGGUCACUAGCAGGUCUCUUGGGUGACAAGAAGUACAUCAUGGGACCAAAGCUUUCCACUCUCGAUGCCACUGUCUUUGGGCACCUGGCUCAAGCAAUGUGGACAUUACCAGGGACUAGACCUGAGAGACUAAUCAAAGGUGAACUGAUUAACCUUGCUAUGUACUGUGAAAGAAUAAGGAGGAAAUUCUGGCCAGAGUGGCACCAGGACGACGAUAACACGUUGUAUGAAUCUGAGGAAAGUAGUGAAGCUAGCAAGACUCACACCCCAUUGCAGGACUUCAGCUUUUAUUCAAGGACAGAAACAUUUGAUGAGGAGGGGACAGAGAACAGUAUUUCCCAAACCCCUGACACGGAUUAUACUGGACACUCUCUCUUUGAUUCUGAUAUGGACUUGGAUGACUAUACAGAUCACGCACAAUGCAAGUGAUGUAUCCAAGCACUUCUCCGUUUGUGUCAGAAAUGCCACUUCUUGGGACCAGUCCAACUUUCCCACAUUCAUGCCAGUGUGGAAGAGAUCAUUGUGCUUGACACAUUUCACAUGCUACCUGGACUAUUUCACCCUUAUUUCAUUUUGUAAAUCCAUUCAGAUGGAGCCUAGGUUAAACAAUUAGAACAAAAAUAGGCAAACAAGAGAUCCAUAGGGUAGAAGGAUCUUAGGCCUACAUAUUGCUCCCACUGAAAACAGAUUCCAAAAUAAUGUGAGUAAACCUACCACAGAUAGAGCAGAGAGGUCACGAGAGCUGCUUUGUGUUGAACUUCUCAUCUUCACGGCGGGGGUUGACAGAAAGGGAAAAGGGUUUAUUGGAAUUCCCCUCUCCCUCCUUGGUAAGCAGUGAUUGCACUGUAUUAAUGCAACAGGAUGCCAGGGCAACUUUACUCAACAGCUUCUUGCACUCUGGGUGUGUAAGUUACACGUGUGUGUGUAUAGAAGAGGAGUAGGGGUUUGGUCUCCAGUGCUUUCACAGAUUGUCCAUCAAUAAAGGCAAGAAGAAAAUGUGCUCAUGCAAAAAGCAACAUUUUAUAGUUCCUAUUCUGUACAAUAGCUUGAAAUCUUUCAGUUUUAUAACUUUUUUUUAGUUGAAAGGGAGACUUCAAAGUAUUUUAAAUUAUUACCUAACAAUCCCCUUAGGAGUCUUGGCUAACCCCCCUCUCAGGUAUAUAUACUCUGUCCAUCCAAAUUCCCCUUACAGUUUCGAUUAUGUCAAGUGUUCUUUCCACUGCGAACUGUUGUUUAGCCUUGCUAGAUACUACUGAGUUAAACACCUAGAGUGCACCUCCCCAGAGUCAACUGCAUUGCAGUGCUGGACACUUCAGUCUCUAUAGCAGGGAUUGGCAACCUUUGGCAUGCAGCCCUCCCGGGUAAGCACCCUGGCAGAC